CACCUCGCCUUUCUGGGCGAGGCUGCCAAAUCUCUGGGAUCAUAGUGGUAACCAGGGAUCUGAUUGGUGGCUGUGGGCGAAUAAAUUGCUUCUGAUUGGUGGACAUUUGGCUGCUGGCAGCCGCCGGCGCACUUUGCCGAGCGUCCUACCUGUUACAACGAAUAGCGAGUAUCGAAUGCUAGAGGUUAUCGUGGCGAUCGCCCAUUUUCGGAUUUCGAUUGACAUGGACAGCUCCGCGACGCGCAUCCGCCCCGACCCAACUCACCGCAGUGCGACAGGCCACUGUCUCGGGUGCGGCUCGCGUACUCGGCACCACGACCACUGCCCGCACCAUCCAAAGCGCCGCGGCAGCUCGGCGGCGGACCAAGGCCAACAGCUCAUGCUCCCUCACUUGCCGAGACUCGAGCCUGCCGUCGUCGCUGCAGACGCGGGUCCAGGACCAGACGACUACAACUGCGAUGCGGUCCAUGAAGGAGACGAUGAAGGAGAUGAGCCCGUCGGCUUCAAUCGCUCCGAUCUCAAGGCGCACCUCGAUGAGCACUGGCGGCGCGUCUCGGCGACACUCCCGAGGAUGUAUGGCACUCGUGUGGCCCAGUCGGCGACCUUGGACAAGACCAAGUGGUCCAACGACUCUUUUAUGCUCCCCAACGCGCUGCUCAAGGCGGGCGACGCGACGAUGUUCGACUUCCUCUUCUCCAACAUGCAAGUCUUUGUCUUGUGCCCAUUCUUGUUUUACGGCGAAGCCAUGCGCGAGUUCGAGCUGACAUGCGUUGCCUGCGGGGAGCAAGGGUGCCAUCUCAAUGGUUGGAACAGCUCGUGGCAAGUCGUCGUUGGCUUGGAGAGCGUAGCGUUGGGCAAAGUCCGCUCGUUCAAGCAAGUCAUCGCGAUGGCGCUGAUCAACGACUUGGCCGUCGUGCAGUACAAGACCUUCACGUGGCCCGUCGACAAAUUUACCUUCAAGGACGCCGAGCACUUGAAGGCCUAUGGCACUAAAGCCGUACCGAAGGCGAUCCAGGCGGCGCACAAAGCGAAAAGUUGCGGCGGACGACGGAGCUCCAUCCUGACGCUGCGCCUUGCGCUCAAGCUCCUGCAGCGCCAGCUCCGACAGCACCAACUCCUGCAGCGCCAGCUCCAGCACCAACACCUCCGGCGCCAACAGCUCCAGCACCAACAGCUCCGGCACCAAGAGCUCCUGCACCAACAGCUUAUGCACCAACAGCUUCUGCACCAACAGCACAAAUGCGGGCAACCUUGA